AUGAUAGAAAAAAGUGGUUCUGGGGCCAUAUCCUCAGAAGCCGAAUGGUUUGGUUAUAUUCCAGUGCCAAAGUGCAAUUUAAAUUACUCCAGUACUUUAAAAAAGGAAGAAACACAAAGUACAUUUUCAUUUCCUAAAAAGGAGGAAAUUAGAAAACAAUGGAUUAGUGCUAUACAUCGUAAAGACUAUGUUGUUAACUCAAAUUCAGUAGUGUGUAAGAAACAUUUUGAUCAUACUGAUAUUAUAGUAAAUGAAUUCUACAUUGAUAAAAACGGAAUAAAACAUGAAAUUAAACUGAAGUAUCCUAAAUUGAAAGAAGGUACAGUUCCAAGAAUUUUUGAAAACCAUCCUCAGUAUUUUUCAAAUCCAAAAAAUGCAGAAAGAAGAGAUCCUGAACAAAGGAGAGCUGAAAUAUUUGAAAAACAGGAAAAUAAAGUUGCAGAAUUUUUAGAUGCUGAUCAAAUUAAAAAUUUUUGUGAAUUAUUUGGACAAGUGAAUGUGAAAGUUAUUUUAAAUAAUUGGAAUGUAAAAAUUUUACCAAAAAGGGUUUACUUUUCCAUGCUUAAUACUCCAGAUUGUUUCGAUGAGUGUCCUAAAAUUAUUUCUAGCAUAAGUGUUGAUAUGGAUUUAACUGUGCGACAAACAGCUGAAGAACGCGAAGCGGAACGACAAGCAGCCAACAGAUUAAUGCUCUCCCUUCAAGCCGAAGCCCUGUCCAAGGGGUAUAUGACCGAAGGUCCCCCUCCCCAACCCGGUCCGGGGGACACCGCUCUCAGCGCCCUGCAGAAUCUCCAACCUUGGGCAGGACCUUAUAGUGCUCCGCAACCAGCGUUGGCUGAAUCUAUGUGUUAA